AAAAAAACUUUCCCCUUUGUGUCCAGUAGGAGCCUACGAGAAUAGUCGUAGUAGAAUACAAAUACAAGUUGUUGCGUAUAUCCGCCAAUUCGGAAGUUGGCAGUGUCAUGCAUUUUGACAUUUCAGAAAUGACAACCUGUAACCGCACUUUGACUUGGGGGCCAUGUGUCUUCUCUUCCCUUCCUCUUCUUCAAUCACAAAAAAAGCUUUGCUUUGCUUUUGCUGGCAUAUAUAACCACCACCUCGAUCCUCUGUAACUUCUUCACUCCUCCAAAACUAAUAAACCCUCAUUCCAAUCCUCCAUCGCUUCCUACACCAUUUUUCUACCUACCUCUAAUAAAUUCGUGAUCUGGAAAAUAAGAUAUACUCUACUACUCUACGGUUUUGCGGGUCCGUAGCAAGUCCGGGCCCACAAGCGUCCAGCACCGUUUCUGAACCUUAGGGUUCUUGUCUUUUUGUUUUUUUUUUGCCUUUGAUUGCUAAUUUUUUAUUUUGGGAUAUCGAUGGGGUCGAAACCGUGGCUAUACCCUGCUCCAACCUAUCGAACUAUAGAAACCUUCUGGGUCACCGAUGAAGACGCACCCGGCCCUCGCUGUGGCCACACCCUCACCGCCGUUGCCGCCACCAAGACUCAAGGCCCCCGCUUGAUCCUAUUCGGCGGCGCAACCGCCAUUGAAGGAGGAUCUUCCUCUGCCCCCGGCAUUCGGUUAGCGGGAGUCACUAAUACCGUCCAUUCCUAUGACGUUCAAAGUAGAAAAUGGACUAGUAUCAAACCCGCCGGAGAGCCGCCGUCUCCUCGGGCUGCUCAUGCUGCUGCUGCAGUUGGUACCAUGGUUGUUUUUCAGGGUGGGAUAGGUCCAGCGGGGCAUUCUACCGAUGAUCUCUAUGUGCUUGACUUGACCAAUGAUAAAUACAAAUGGCAUAGGGUCGUUGUACAAGGGCAAGGACCCGGGCCUCGCUAUGGCCAUGUAAUGGACCUGGUUGCUCAGAGAUAUCUAGUAACUGUCAGCGGAAAUGACGGAAAAAGAGUUGUAUCUGAUGCUUGGGCUUUUGAUACUGCUCAAAAACCUUAUGUGUGGCAGAAGCUGAACCCAGAAGGUGACAGACCUUCUGCAAGAAUGUAUGCAACUGCUAGUGCCCGCUCAGAUGGAAUGUUUUUGCUCUGUGGUGGAAGAGACUCUUCUGGAGCUCCACUAGCAGAUGCCUAUGGACUGCUCAUGCAUAGGAAUGGCCAGUGGGAAUGGACCCUUGCACCUGGAGUUUCCCCUUCACCAAGGUAUCAACAUGCUGCGGUUUUUGUCGGUGCACGAUUACAUGUUACAGGUGGUGUUCUCAGGGGUGGACGGUCCGUGGAAGGUGAAGCAUCCAUUGCAGUAUUGGACACUGCUGCUGGGGUUUGGUUAGAUAGAAACGGCAUUGUGUCCUCCUCACGCUCAAACAAAGGUCAUGAUUAUGACCCUUCUUUGGAGCUUAUGCGUCGUUGUCGUCAUGCAGCUGCAGCUGUUGGUGUUCAUAUAUUUAUCUAUGGUGGUUUAAGAGGAGAUAUACUACUAGAUGAUUUCCUAGUGGCUGAAAAUUCGCCAUUGCAGCCUGACAUUAAUUCUCCUGAGAGAGCUUCACCUGUUACAAGCUCCAAACAAAAUCAAUCUAACUUAAAUUAUAAUGUAACAACACCAAAUUUGGAUGGUGGACCAGAUAUUCCUUCAUCUGGUGGCUCAGGCAUGGACAAAAAUUCCUUGGAGAAACUGAGGGAAGCAUCAGCUGCUGAAGCUGAGGCAGCGAGUGCUGUCUGGCAAGCUGUGCAGGCUAUAUCAAGUAAUCCUGCUGAAGAAACAUCUGUGUCAGAUGACAACUCACAAGCUGUGGAAACAGUUUCAGAUGGAAGUGAUACAGAGGGAGAUGUCCGCCUUCAUCCUAGAGCUGUUGUAGUUGCGAAGGAGGCUUUAGGUAACCUAGGUGGAAUGGUGAGACAAUUAUCGCUAGAUCAAUUUGAAAAUGAAAGUAGACGCAUGAUUCCCGUAAAUAAUGAUUUGCCAUAUCCUACGAAAAAGUUCACCAGGCAGAAAUCUCCUCAGGGUUUACAUAAAAAGAUAAUUUCAACUUUGCUUAGGCCUCGCAACUGGAAAGCUCCUGCAAACAGGCGGUUCUUCUUGGAUUCUUAUGAAGUGGGUGAACUUUGCUAUGCUGCUGAGCAAAUAUUUAUGCAUGAACCGACCGUACUUCAGCUGAAAGCUCCUGUCAAAGUAUUUGGUGAUCUUCAUGGUCAGUUUGGUGAUUUGAUGCGGCUAUUUGAUGAAUAUGGAUUUCCUUCUACUGCAGGAGACAUCACCUAUAUUGACUACCUGUUUUUGGGAGAUUAUGUCGAUCGAGGACAGCACAGCUUGGAAACCAUUACCUUGCUACUUGCUCUUAAGAUCGAAUAUCCCGAGAAUGUUCACUUGAUACGUGGAAACCACGAAGCUGCUGACAUAAAUGCACUAUUUGGUUUUCGUAUUGAGUGCAUUGAAAGAAUGGGUGAAAAUGAUGGGAUAUGGGCAUGGACACGAUUCAAUCAACUUUUUAACUAUCUUCCAUUAGCUUCUCUUAUUGAAAAGAAAAUUAUCUGUAUGCAUGGUGGCAUUGGAAGAUCGAUCAAUUCAGUAGAACAGAUAGAGAAGCUUGAAAGGCCCAUAACAAUGGAUACAGGAUCUAUUACUUUAAUGGACCUUUUAUGGUCUGAUCCCACAGAGAAUGAUAGUGUAGAGGGUUUGAGACCAAAUGCUAGAGGCCCAGGGCUUGUUACUUUUGGGCCUGAUCGUGUCACAGAAUUUUGUAAGAAAAAUAAAUUGCAGCUCAUUAUAAGGGCCCAUGAGUGUGUCAUGGAUGGCUUUGAACGAUUUGCCCAGGGACAAUUAAUCACCCUUUUCUCUGCAACUAACUAUUGUGGAACUGCAAACAAUGCGGGAGCUAUACUGGUAGUUGGUAGGGGUUUGGUUGUAGUUCCAAAAUUAAUUCAUCCCAUACCACCUCCCCUUCAGUCUCCUGAGACAUCUCCUGAGCGUGUUAUGGAUGAAACAUGGAUGCAGGAGCUUAAUAUUCAGAGGCCACCAACUCCUACUCGGGGUCGACCUCAGCCGGACCUUGAUCGUGGCUCACUAGCAUAUAUAUGAUUUGAUUCACGACUUGAAUAAAUACUGCAUAUUCGGGAUUUUUCAUCAUCGCUUGAUAUCCUGCCAACCAAAAGUUCUGUUUCUAAACCUGUCAUUGUUGGCAGAAUACAUAUUUUGUACUAGAUUCUUCUUUAGUUGCAGAAAAGCAAACUCUCAUUAGCAUGCAAAUAGCUUGAGAGAGUGCAUUAUUUUAUGUUAGCCAAUUAGCGAAUGGCUUGUGGAGAUUGGUUUUACUAGGCACGGGACAUGGAUAAAGUGGAAGAGAUGCUAGUGGCUUCUCCCCCUCAACAUGGGGAUGGAUAACUUAGUCAGGGAAUACCGAUGUUUGGUAUAUAUAUUGUAUCAUAGAGAAAUAUAUAUAUAUAUAUAUUUUUUCCUUUAUAUAAAUGUUCAUAACAUUUAGAUCAA